CUCCAUUAAUUUAUUUACUCUCCCCCCUGUUUGUUGUCAGCAAGGAGCCAGCGUAUUCGGACACUGUGGUUAGUUUUGCCCAAUAGAAUUGAUGUCUGUCAAUCUCCAUUAAUUUAUUUACUCUCCCCCCUGCUCUCCCCCCUGUUUAUUGUCAGCAAGGAGCCAGCGUAUUCGGACACUGUGGUUAGUUUUGCCCAAUAGAAUUGAUGUCUGUCAAUCUCCAUUAAUUUAUUUACUCUCCCCCCCAGUUUAUUGUCAGCAGAGAGCCAGCGUAUUCGGACACUGUGGUUAGUUUUGCCUAAUAGAAUUGAUGUCUGUCAGUAUCCCGCAAUGCCUGCCUUGCUGGCUCUGCUCCCUGUGUUGAUCUCUGCAGGCUUGCACCCCUCCCCCUUUCAAAGCUCACCUAUCUGUGUGAGGGGCUCCAAAGAAUAAAUCAUUAGAUCAGUCUUUCUUAAACUUUUUGAGGCCACGGAAGAGCACACAAUGAUAUUUUGUCAUGUAGAACACCUGUGAAAAUGUUCUUAAAAAAAGUUGUUGUCAGACCAAAAAAGACAAAAACAAAGAAGAGGUCGUGGCACACCUGUGAGUUGUUCAUGGAACGCCAGUGUUCCACGGAACGUAGUUUAAGAAACGCUGCAUUAGAUUGCUCCUGUUCUGCCUUGUGCUAGCAAGACCGCUGCUGCAGAGGGAAGAGAGAGGCUGCUUGCAGCUUUGACAGAGCUACUAAUGAUGCUGCUUCCAGCAGCUGAGGAGACUGGGAGAGUUCAGAGGAAAUCCCCAAGAUGCUCGGUGAUCAGUUCUGCCUUCGCCCAAUACUGCACUGUGGGGUACACGACCCAGAGUGCAUUGCUCACACCAUCGAUGAUGGUCACCCCAAAAUGGACAUGAUCUGUCAUCAGAAGGAGCAAGUGUGAAAACCUGUUGAUUUUUGUUUUGUAGACAUUUGGGUGUUGACAUAAGCAUUGUCAACAAAACCUCUUAGUGUAGACAUACCCUGAGACAGCCAGCGCCAUGUGGGCAGCACUGGGGCUGGCUUAGGGAUGGCACAAGGUGACAGCUCAGGGAAGGAGCCAUGUGUUCACUUUGUGAUUUAAAUGCUGCACUGUUGCUGUCCAACAGGCUGGCAGGAGAUCCUAAAUGCCACGGUGACCGUUCUGCAGGAAGGCGGCCUGGUAGCAGUUCCAACUGACACGGUCUAUGGAAUAGCAUGUCUAGCCCAGAGCUCUCAAGCAAUUAAAAAUAUCUAUAAUCUGAAAGGGCGAAAUGGAGGUAAACCUCUGGCAAUCUGUCUUGGAGAUGUGGAGCAUAUUUACAGAUAUUGUCAUGUCAGUGUACCAGAGGAGCUGCUACAGGACCUACUCCCAGGACCUGUGACCCUAGUAUUGCAGCGUUCUGAGGGACUCAAUAAAGACCUGAACCCUUUAACGUCGUUGGUUGGCGUUCGUAUUCCUAAUCACCCUUUCAUUAGGGAGUUGGCACAGGCUUGCUCAGGACCACUGGCUUUAACGAGUGCUAACUUCAGUACGCAGGCGAGCACGCUGACUGUCACGGAAUUCCGUGACCUUUGGCCUCAGUUAUCCUUGGUCAUUGAUGGAGGUGUAAUUGGAGAUAUCCAGAGUCCAGAGUGCCGUCUGGGGUCGACAGUGGUCGACUUGUCCGUAUCUGGGAAAUACACCAUUAUCCGGCCUGGCUGUGCACUGACACCGACAGUUGAAAUCCUGGGGAAGAAAUAUGGCUUGACACCAGAACCUUCUUGUUCAUGAAUCCCAAACUCUGGAAGCUGUGCAGAGUCGGUAAAACUGGGCACUGUGUGCCUGUCUCUUCAGGAAGCCAGUGGCGAUGGCCUUGUUUAAUAAGGUCAAUGGUUGUAACUGUCCUCACGUCUCAUCUGGAGUCUUUUCAUCAUUUGUGUGUAAUGGGUACUUGGUUUGCUAUGCAUGGGUAAGAAACGAACCAAGUACUUCUGACCUCCUGAUGCAAGUGUAAUAUCCCUGAUUACUGUACAAGGGAUCAUUUGCCUUGAGCAAUGGGGUUUAUUAGGUUUUGAAAUAAGCAAACAUCUCUUUGUGAUAUCUUGGCAAUGUGAUGCUUUGCUUUCCUUAUUUAGCUGCCCUGCGGGCAAGGAUCAGUUUAAAAGCCUGUUUAUUCAGGGAACACUAACAUGAAAUCAAUUUGUUCAUGGGGAAUAUUUAGUAGUAUUUAAAAACUGGUGACCAAACUGUUUUUAACACAGUUCUGUGUUAUAAAUGCUUACGUUUAAGGAG